GUGUAGGGAUAGAGAUAGGCGUAGAGCAUUGGAUUAGCCUGCUACUUAGGCCGCCGUGCUACGCUUUAGUGCAGUGCACGCUGGGUGUUUUUAUUUGUUUUCUUAGUGCCGGACGUGUCAUGUAUACGUGAGCACGCAUUCCUCUUUAGUCUCUUGAAUUGAAUUCUGCCAGGGCCCUGAGGGGACACUUGCAUUAAUCUUCGCGUGUGUUGAGACAACUUUGAAGAAUACAGUGGCUGGGUGCUUUGAAAUUCUUGAUAUAGCUCAGCUGUGCACGUCUUCUCCCUUCCAGCUAGGCAGCUUCCCGAGACACCCGCAUCACGUGUCAGCCAUUUUGGGUUUAUGAGUUGGAUCAUCCUAUUGCCUUGCCAUUCAUUAUUUGCUUUCAGUUUUGUUGUUGAUUUUCUUGUUUUCUCUGCAUUCUCAUUCUCGAGAGGGAAGAUUUGAGGAUUUACAGCUGAUUUGGGGACAAAGGGAGCGUCUUGGUUGGGAAGAUCGAUUCUUUAUGAGGUUGCAAUGCAGGACGCUUCUGUGGAUGGUGAGUGUGGUGGUGAGAAGGAACCACAGACGACUGUGAAUUUGGGGGAGACUCGAUCCUCUGACGUUUGUGUUUCUGGUUCUCUCAACAGUCCUCGUGGUGUGAGCUCUGGUGCAAGUGGACAGGAGAAAGUGGGUGAUGAUGAAUAUGAUUGCAUCCGUUUUUCCAAUGUUGUUGUGCAUCCUCAGAGACGUGAGUAUGGGGAUUUGGGCAAAUUGGGUCCUAAAACGAAGGAUACUGAGCUCAGAUUGGGCCUACCGGUGGAGGCAGAGAGAAAUGAUGGUGGGUUGGAUGUCCCGGGUUCGAGACGCUGGGCUUCCAUGCACGAUGCACGUUCUGCGUAUAAAGAUACCAGCUUUGAAGGAUUCUGUGGCUCUGUAGUGGGUAAAGGAGGAAACAUUUGUCAUAAUCUUCAUGGGCAGUUUUUGACAGGGGACGUGGGUCUGGAGCAGAGCAGAUUUUUGGCGGGUGCAGAGCCUCAUGGCCGUGGGCAUUUGUCUCAAAGCCAGGAAGAACUGAAGCAGAAGAUGGGCUUUCAGGAAUUCACAGGCCGUGAACUGCCUUUUGAUUUGCGGUUUUCUCAGCAAGAAAGGUGGGAGAAACCGAUGAUGGUUGUUCCGCCAUUGAAUUCCUAUUACAGAAUGGGUGGUUCAGAAGAUAGGAGAGCGAUUUCUUCCGCCGGGAAACGUAUCUUCUCCGAUACGCUUCCAGGCAGCCCAAAUGUUACGCCACAAUUGGACUCUCCCAAACUUCCCUAUCCGCAUUCACAGCUUCGUAUGCCUCAUUCGACCUUCACUUUUCCCUUUGCAGGCGGGCCCAAUCUGCGGCAACCGAUUUGGGAUUCGCCACAGGGGAAGUCGAAUCUGGGGAACUUUCCUGGUCAUAUGGGGGCUAAUCUCGCGCCCGCAUUGACCCCCGAAAUGCGGAUGGAAUGCGUCGGAGAGGCCUCGUCGUCUCAGCUGCCCCAGCAAGUGCCCCCGGGAUUGCCGACUCUUGCGACCUCUGAAAGCAAGCCAAGUCAAGCUCAAACUGAAGGCGCAAGAAAUGAAGAUGCAGAGCGAUCUGGACCAAGGGCAGCACCGGUUGUAGGAUGGCCUCCAAUCAGGAGCUUCAGGAAGAAUUUGGCUCCACAGCCAAAGGCAGCCCCUGUUCCUGCUCCACCACCUGCUCCUGCUCCUGCCCCUGCUCCUGCUCCUGCCCCUGCUCCAGUGGCUGCUGAUCCAGGGGGGAAGAAGAAUUCGAGGACCAUGUUCGUGAAAGUAAACGUGGAGGGUGUUCCAAUCGGGCGCAAGAUAGACCUAAAAGCAUAUGAUAGCUACGAGAAGCUUUCCAUGGCUCUGGAUGAAAUGUUUCGAGGGUCUAUUCCAGCUAAAAUAUCUGGCUCAAAUCCCUCGUCUGAAAAUAACGAGCCAUCUUUGUUGAGCGGCAGAGACUUCGUUCUUGUCUACGAGGACGAUGAAGGAGAUCGUAUGCUUGUGGGAGACGUGCCUUGGGAGAUGUUUGUGAGUACUGUCAAGAGGCUGCGCGUGAUAAAGAGUUCAGAGGUUCGUGCGCUGGCAAAUAGGCAAAUAACACAGACACCCCAAUGAAUGGUCGAUUCAGAAGACCAAUGGGAAGCCAAAGUUAUCUUGGUUUAAGGCAAUUUUAAUUUGCUUGCUUUGUGCAGUGAGUGGUUCACGCCUGCAAGAUGAGUGAAGUGGGAGAAAAGGAUUCCGUGCACCGUAUUCCAUACUUUGUGGAUAAGAAUGGAGAAAGUCAUUUUAAUUAAUUAUUGCUUUCCUUCUUAUAAUAUGUGUAAUUAACCGAGAGAUGAACAGUUGGAUCAGUAAAAUACUUAAUAAAGAAAUCUGACAAUGGUGUAAGUCUGGGCUAAACGAGACAGAUCCACUGUAUCAUUUUUUUCUUUUGGGUAUUUUUUGGGAGAAAAGUUGUAAAAUAUGAGAAUCUGUCAUUUCUAUUUUUCUUUUGGUGUAAUGUUUUUUUCCACCUCCACUGUAUUAUAAAAACCAUUUUCAUGA